AUGGUCACUAUCACGCCGCUCGUAGAUGGCCAAGACAGAAGCAUUGACGCUCGCUCCAUCGUCACGCUGAUCUUCUUCUUUGCCAUCAAUGCACUAGUCAUAUGGCCAGUGAGGAUACCAGUCCCGCUAUUUGUAUCCAGACUAUUUGGCAGAUUUGUCAAACGGAGUCACAAGGACAAAGCUGAAGAAAAAUGCGACCCAAAGCGCGACAUGUCCACACCGGCACCAGCAACGGAGAGAGGCCAAGAGAACACCACUCCAGAAGCGUCGGCUACUAUCAACUCCCAACACAGUCCUGCAGAGUCCCGCGUACCCAGCAAAAGGGUAUACAUACCGAUUGACCUUCGGACUGCCCCCGUUAUCGGUGUGCUCAUCCUACUGGCUUUCAGCAUACCAGGCUCUGUGGUACGCCGCGGCAUCGUGGGGAGCGGAGGAGUCCGUCCGUACGACAUCAUGACGUUGUUCAUAUGCUUUGCAUACAUCUCGAUCUCGCUUGAUACCACUGGAUUUCUACGUUACCUCGCCUUCUUGGUGGCAUCGCGAGCGUCUCGGGGACAACGCUUGUUCACGACAUUUUACUUUUUGUUUGCGGGCAUUGGUCUCGUCUUUGGCAACGAUCCUCUCGUACUCUCGGGAACCCCAUUCCUGGCGUACUUUACAGAUCACGCUGCCAUAUCCGAUCCCACGCCCUUCAUAUUUUCACAUUUCCAAGUGUCCAACCUCGUCUCUGCCUUUCUUGUAUCCUCAAACCCAACCAACCUUGUCCUCACCUCAGCAUUCGCUAUCAACUUUCUCGUAUACUCGGCGUGGAUGGCCAUUCCCACCAUCGCCUCGGCCAUCGUGCUCUACUUUGUAUCACGCUACAUCACCUUUUCUCGGAAAGGUCUCAUCCCGACAACCAUACAUCCACCCGCCAUCAACCCACGGGAUGCCCUGCUGGAUCCUGUCGGGGCUGUAUUUGGUGCUACAGUGUUUGUGAUUACGGUCCUGCUUCUGGUCGGGCUGAGCGCCGGUGGUAUUCUGGAAGGCAAGGUCGGCGUUUGGACAGUCACUGUUCCUGCUGCUGGACUUGUCUUUCUCAGAGAUCUAGCAAAAGAUUUAUCUGAGCGUCGCGAGAAGCCUAAAGGCAAUUCCAAACCCCUCGACCCCGCUCAGAGUACUCUUCCAACAGAAGAAAUCGCUGCUGCGUCAACCGCGGCGCCUUCUCACCCACCAUUCCUGGGACUCUCGCGCGUAUCCUCGGUCGUCUCGAAACUGCCUCUUGCGCUGCUCCCUUUUGCAUUCUCCUUCUUCAUCCUCGUCGAGGGGCUGCAACAUACGGGGUGGAUAUCGGUAUUUGGUGGGUGGUGGGGUGCUUGGGAAGAGGUUGGCGGUAUCGCAGGAAGCGUCUGGCUGAUGGGCAUGCUGAGUGUCAUCGGGUGCAAUGUCUUCGGCACCAACAUUGGCGCCACCAUAUUGCUGGCUCGAGUGAUUCAGUCCUGGAGCUUGACGCAUAGCGCUGUUUCUGAACGUUCCAUAUACGCUGCAAUCUUGACACUUGCCGUCGGAAGCAACUUUGGCGCCUACUCCAUCGUCUUCUCUGCUUCUCUAGCAGGACUUCUGUGGAGAGGGAUCCUACGUCAGAAGGGUAUACAUGUGACCGUCACUCAGUUUAUGAGGUGGAAUACCCUCGCGGUGUUGAUCACAAUGGCAGUUGGCUGUCUCAUCGUGGCAAUAGAGACCCGGUUUCCUCAGCGUCAGAUGGCUCCAUAUCUUGAACAACGCAUUCCAGUUAGUCAAGCCAGUCGGUAUUAUUCACCCGACUCGCCAUUGUCUCGAUCACGAUCCCGAGGUCGAUCUCCCGGACGGGGAGAAGAAGGAAUGCGGAUGUCGGGUGCAGAUACACCUUAUACGCUGGAUCAAGAUGAUGGUGAUUCUCAAGCCAAUCCCAUUCUUGAGCCGUAUCACAAUCUCGAACGCUGGACCUACAAUGACAAUCAUACCUGGCCUCAUCGACCCAAAGACGAGGAGAGAGCAGAACAAGUCGACUGGAUCAAGCUCCAAAGCGACUCCGAUUGCAUUCGUAGCAUGAUGGUCAUUAAAGAAGAGCCCGUGGAUGGUUCUGAAAUCGACCAAGACAGGAGAACGGCUUUUCAAAAGUUGGGACUGACCGUGAGGAGGGAGGAGCCUAUCUCGUACAAUCUCAUCCAGGAAAUCACCCUGCCAGUUCCGUGCCCGCCAGAGGCGGAAGGUGGGGACGACGAGAGGACGAGUGUGUCCAAGAUAUUCAUCUGGGAUCAUCUGGAGGGUGAACAUAAUCCUUAUGGGUGUGGGGGCUCGAUCUGCGAGGGAUACCCGUAUGAUACACACAUUGUGUCCGGUUUCGAGGAACGAAGCGAAGGUGCCUGCAAGCCCUAUCACGAAUUUACCCCAGAACUUAUUGAGGAUGUUUUCGACAUGUUGUGCCGGAGAGAUACGUUCGCAGAGGUCGACACGGGCCUACCACCUGAUGCUCCACUGAAAGAGGUAUCAAUCAAAGUCGCCACGUUCAAUGCCAAAUCCGACCUGUCCACGGGUAUCGGUGUGGUGGAAGAGGAAAAGAUGACGAGAAUCCAUCAUGAAAUCUGUGGCACCGAGUUCUGCGCGGGCUCGCGUACGGAGGAGGAAGCCCGGAAUGAACUGGUGGAACCUGAGUAUCUAGGGGACAAGUGCCGACCCGAUGUGUGGUACAUAUUUGAGCCAGAAGAUGGAGUGGCUCAUCGACAUUCAAGACUGGUUCUCUAUGACGAGGCUUUCCAACUUGACGCUGAGCCUGGGGAGCCUGUUCAUCUUGAGCAGCCUGAGCAGGUCGAGGAGCCUGAAGAGCCUGAACCCGAGGCACCUGAAGAGCCGGAAGAGUUUGAAGAGGAAGAAUGA